AUGUAUGUGAUUGCUCGACCACUUCUUACUCAAGCACUUGAUAAUGAAGAUUUCGAGCAGUUGGUAGAUCCCACGUUGGAAAACAACUUCGUUGAAAGCGAGUUAUUCCGGAUGAUUGAAGCAGCCGCAGCUUGUGUGCGUCAUUUAGCUUCAAAGAGGCCUCGGAUGAGUCAGGUGGUGAGAGCUUUGGAUUCCAUAGAUGAAUUCUCAGAUCUAACCAAUGGAAUGAGACCUGGACAGAGCGAAAUUUUUGAUUCAAGGCAACAAUCUGCACAAAUCAGACUGUUUCAGAGGAUGGCAUUCGGAAGUCAAGAAUACAAUUCAGAUUUUUUCAAUCAGUCUCAAAGCAGCCUGAGGAGUUGAAUGAAGGGGGGAAUGCCACACAUCGACACCCUCCAUGCUUAUGGAGUAAUGGAGACGAGUCUAGAAGAUAUCAUGGCAGCAGAAAGUCGUUUGAAACUACUUGCUUGAAGGGCUAGGAAUUCACUUGAUCACAGAGUGAUUUUGAGCAUCCCUUGGGAGUUCUUAUCUUCUAUUUAGAUUCUAACUCUCAUUUCUUGUAAAUCUUACACCAUUUUUUGCUGUAAUUUUGUUCUCUGCUAACAUGGUGUUCUUUUUUUUUUUUU